AUGUAUCAUCUUGCGCAUGCGAGACCGACAAUCGUCAACCCUAUCAUUCUGGCUGUCAGUCAACGUCAAGUUACCAUAAAAUUAGUAUCAUUAAAAAAGAAAAAGUGUUUCCAUUUAACGCAAACUCGAGUCGCUGCAGCUAUGGACGACUCGAAUCUCGCGCAAAAAAAUGAACGUCUUUUAGAUUUUCAUUAUGCCGCGUAUAUCAGCUUUAUGUUGCUGAAGCCGAUCGGUGUUUGGCCAUUGCGACCUCGCGCAACCACAUUGGAGAUCAUUGUCCAUGGCUUUUCGAUCGCUGUCGCCACGAUUCUUCAACUUUUUAUGAUUAUCCCAUGGAUUAUAUGUAUAAUCGUCGCAAAAUGGAGCUUCUACGAGAUUAUUAGGACCGCAUGUCCCUUAAUAUUCGCGAUAACCGUUUUCAUACGAUAUUUGCUGCUGCUGUUCCAUCGAGAUGAGAUCAAAUUGUGCAUCGAUCGCGUAGCUGAAGAUUGGAGUAACACAAUGAUAUCUGAAGAUCGCAAAAUCAUGCUAGAAAAUGCCAAAUCAGGACGUUUCUUUGGCAUAUUAUCGAUGACAUUUAUGUACGGCAGUGGUUUACCUUUCGCCAGCAUGCCUUUCGUAUUGUCACUCUUUGCUGCCGAAAGUAACAUAACGAUCAGAGAGUUACCCGUUCCUUGCGAACUAAUUUUUCUGGACGUCCAGGUCAGUCCGGUUUACGAAGUGACAUAUAUACUGGAAUUUUUUACAUUUUUCGUUUUGUAUGCCGUAUUCUCCGGAAUUUGUAGCUUGACCGCAAAAUUUGUCAUGCAUGCAUGCGGUCAAUGCGAUAUUCUUAUGUAUAUUUUAGAAGAAUUGAUCGAUGGUGGCGAUCGAAACCAGGGUACUCUUGAUCAAAGGAUCAGCACCGUUAUAUUACGUCAUCUCCAAAUACUUAGAUUCAUUUCUGCCAUAGACAAGAUACUGAAUGAGAUAUGUUUAGCGGAAUUUGUGAAUGCUUCGUGCAAUAUAUGUUUACUUGGUUACUACGUUAUUAUGGAUUGGAAUAAUGGGGAAUCAAUGCUACAGAUUUAUGUAUAUUCCCUUGCUUUUGUAUCGAUUACUUUUAAUAUAUACGUAUUUUGCCACAUCGGCGAACAGCUCGUAGAACGAUGGCAAAAAAUCGGUAAUAAAUGUUACAUGAUCGAUUGGUACCGAUUGCCGCAAAAUAAAGCACGUAAUUUAAUUUUCCCAAUUAUCAUGUCGAAUUAUUCGGUUAAACUUACUGCCGGAAAAAUACUGCAAAUUACUAUAGACACUUUUUCUAACAUUUUGAAAACAUCAAUGGCAUACCUUAAUAUACUUCGUGAAGUUUCCUCGCGGGAAAUCAUGUAAAUAGCAACAACAUUGACAAAAAAUUUCUUAAGAAAAUCGUAAUAUAAAAUAAUUAAUAUUUUCAAAAAUGUGUGCGAGCGAUCUGCUGGAUGUAAUACAUAAGCUCAUAGAGACAUAUAACAGUUGCGUGAGGCACAAAGUCAUGUAAAAAAAAAAAAAA